GGACGCCGCGGCGGGGAGGCCAUGUCGGGGCCCGGGCGCUGGGGCCCCCUGCUCCUGUGCCUGCUGCAGGCCGCUCCAGGGAGACCCCAUCUGGCCCCUCCCCAGAACGUGAUGCUGCUCUCCCAGAACUUCAGUGUGUACCUGACGUGGCUCCCAGGGCUUGGCAACCCCCAGGAUGUGACCUAUGUUGUGGCCUAUCAGAGCUCUCCCACCCCUGGACGGUGGCGCAAAGUUGAAAAGUGUGCAGGAACCAAGGAGCUGGUGUGUGCUCUGAUGUGCCUGAAGAAACAGGAUCUGUACAACAAGUUCAAAGGGCGCGUGCGGACGGUUUCUCCCAGCUCCAAGUCCCCCUGGGUGGAGUCCGAAUACCUGGAUUACCUUUUUGAAGUGGAGCCGGCCCCACCUCUCCUGGUGCUCAACCAGACAGAGGAGAUCCUGAGUGUCAAUGCCACCUACCAGCUGCCCCCCUGCAUGCCCCCACUGGAUCUGAAGUACGAGGUGGCAUUCUGGAAGGAGGCCGGAAACAAGACCCUAUUUCCAGUCACUCCCCAUGGCCAGCCAGUCCAGAUCACCCUCCAGCUAGCCGCCAGUGAAUGCCACUGCCUAAGUGCCAGAACCAUCUACACCUUCAGUGUCCCAAAAUACAGCGAGUUCUCUCAGCCCACCUGCUUCUUGCUGGAGGUCCCAGAAACCAACUGGGUUUUUCUGGUGCUGCCAUCACUUCUGCUACUGCUGUUAGCAAUUGCCACAGGGGGUGUGAUCUGGAAGAGCCUCAUGGGGAAUCCCUGGUUUCAGCGGGCUAAGAUGCCACGUGCCCUGGACUUUUCUGGACACACACACCCUGUGGCAACCUUUCAGCGCAGCAGACCAGAAUCCCUGAAUGACUUGCUCCUCUGUCCCCAAAAGGAACGGACCAGGGGGGUCAGGCCCACGCGUAGAGUCAGGGCCCCAGCCACCCAGCAGGCAGGACAGACAAAGGUACUUGGGGAAGAUGAGGAGGAAGAGGAGGAGGACACGGAAGAUGGCGUCAGCUUCCAGCCCUACAUUGAACCACCCUCUUUCCUGGGGCAACAGCACCAGGUUCCAGAGCACUCAGAGGCAGGUGAGGUGGACUCAGGGAGGCCCAGGGCUCCUCUGGACCCAGGCGAAGGCUCUUCUGCUUGGGAUUCUUCAGACGGAAGCUGGGCCAGCGUUAUGGACUCCUCAUGGGACAGGGCUGGGUCCUCUGGCUAUUUGUCUGAGAAGGGGCCAGGCCAAGGGUCAAGUGGAGACGGGCACCAAGCGCCUCUCCCAUCGCUCGAAUUCUCCAAGGACUCGGGUUUCCUGGAAGAGCUCCCAAAAGACGACCUCUCCUCCUGGGCCACCUGGGGCACCUUACCACCAGUGUCCAAUCUGGUCUCUGGGGAGCUCCCAGUUUCUCUUCGGACACUGACCGUCUGCUGGGACAGCAGCCCUGAGGAGGAAGAGGAAGAGGAGGAGGCGAGGGAAUCAGAACUUGAGGACAACGGUCCGGGCAGCUGGGGGGCUGAGAGCACCCAGAGGACUGAGGAGAGGCCACUGGGGCAUUACAUGGCCAGGUCCCUGGUGUGGGCGGCUGGACCUCAGUGCCCCUGGAGAGCUCUGGAAUUCCACGUCGGAUGCACUUCAGGUUUGAUCCCCCUGCGAGGGGCGGGAGCCAGGGACUCUAGCUACUCCCUCUCAUCAGUCCAAUGUGGAGGCUGUUCCCCGAGGCAGAGUUGCAGAUCCCGUCCCACGUGGCAGAAUGACAGCAUGGGAGAGCAGCCUGAAUCUUCACUGUCCUGAGAAAGCCCAUUCACGAAUAUCCUCUCACGUCUAGCACAGCAAAAAGUAUCACCGAAGUUCAAGUUCCAUUUUUUUUUUCUAUCCUUUUGCAGAUCCUAGACCCAACGGCUCAAGGUAAGAGUGUCUGGGCUUCCUCACCCCCACAGCCUCUCUAGGGGAGAGCCGUUCCCAAGCCCACCGCAAGCGUGGGGACCUGCCUUGAAAUGGAGGAUCAA